AUGGGAUCGAGUGAAGAACGGCGUAAUCGGCAUCAUCACGAUCUGGUGCCAUUGGCUACACUAAUCAGUAGAGAGCUGAAGAAUGAGAAAAAGGAGAAGCCAAUAAUUAGAUAUGGCUCUGCUGCUCAAUCUAGGAAAGGCGAAGAUUAUUUCUUGAUCAAGAACGAUUGCCAUAGAAUUCCUGAAGAUCCGUCGACUUCCUUUUCUGUUUUCGGAAUAUUUGAUGGGCACAAUGGAGAUGCCGCUGCAAUUUUCUCAAGAGACCAUCUCUUAAGUUACGUGUUGGAUGCCAUUCCUAGUGGGCUUGAAAGGGAAGAAUGGCUUCACGCAUUACCUCGGGCUUUAGUUUCCGGAUUUGUCAAAACCGACAAAGAGUUUCAAAGCAAAGGAAAAACUUCUGGAACAACUGCAACAUUUGUGAUAAUUGACGGUUGGACAGUCACUGUGGCCUCUGUCGGUGAUUCCCGUUGCAUUUUGGAUUCUGAGGGUGGAGCUGUCUCUGUCUUGACAGUCGAUCAUAGGCUUGAAGAAAAUGAGGAGGAGAGAGAGCGCGUAACUGCGAGUGGAGGUGAAGUUGGAAGGCUUAACAUUUUUGGAGGGACUGGGGUGGGUCCUCUACGUUGUUGGCCAGGCGGUUUAUGUCUCUCCAGGUCAAUUGGGGACAUGGAUGUGGGUGAAUUUAUUGUUCCGAUACCAUAUGUCAAGCAAGUGAAGCUACCGAGUAAAGGUGGACGGCUCAUAAUCGCCUCGGAUGGCAUAUGGGACGCGCUGUCAUCAGAAGUUGCUGCUAAAUCGUGUCGUGGCUUGCCUGCCGAACUUGCUGCUCGGCUGGUAGUCAAGGAGGCACUAAGGACACGCGGGCUAAAGGACGACACGACUUGCAUAGUCGUCGAUAUAAUACCUCCAGAGAACACAAUUCAGCCUCCUACACCACCCAAGAAAUUUCACAAGCUUAGAGCUUUGCUCUUUCGGAAAAAAUGUGCUAAUAAAUUGUCGAGGAGGCUAUCGGCUAUGGGUAUAAUAGAGGAAUUAUUCGAAGAAGGAUCAGCAGUGCUUGCAGAAAGACUCGGAAAUAAUGAUGAAUCUGGUGCUCGGGCAUUGGGGCUUUUCGUGUGUGCGGUUUGCCAGGUGGAGCUUGCACCAAACGAAGGGAUUUCGGUUCAUGCAGGCUCCAUAUUCUCAACUACCUCAAAGCCAUGGGAAGGACCUUUCCUUUGUGGUGAGUGUCGAAAUAAGAAGGAUGCCAUGGAGGGGAAAAGGCCAAGUGGAGUUAAAGUGGCGCCCUCUUUCUCCUAA